GAGCAGCAGGAUUACGUUUCUAAUUUGGAAAUAAAGAAAAAAACGUCACCGGGUAAUUCAUAAUGAAAUGAAAUAUAAUGUCAAAUAGCUAACCUCAAUGUUUAGAAUACCAUUGCAUUUUAUGUAUUUCAAAUCUGAAGUGAAACAGAGACUUUUGAAACGGAGCAGUUUCUAUCUGGCUAAAUAAUGUAACGUUAGCUAGCUCAUGAUGCCUGAAUAGUUUACGUAACUAACAACAUUUCGUGAAAAGUGCUAGCUAACAUUAGUUACCACUAGAAACAUUUUAGCUGCUUGACUAGCCCAAGCACCAAUUUAGUGUUGGUACCAAUGUACAGAGUCACAAUGGGACGACCAAAGAGGACGACCAAACAAUGUAAAAACCCCAAGUUGGACAAAUUGGAGGCUUUUCUCGAAGAUUUUGACAGUGAGGUGAAAACUGUAGUUGAAAGGCUGAAUGAGAGGAUGAACAGCCUCCUGAAAGAUGCAGACAACUUCUUCAACAUGGCUGUGAUCAAGCUGCCAAAAGCAGUGAGACAGAUGAACUGGCUUGAUCAUUGUGGGUCAGAGAAACCAAAGUCACCAGUGGAUGAUGCCACGAAAGUAGAGGAGGCUGCACAAGUCGAGAGCAUCAUGGCUGAAGUCCAUACUAUUCCCCCCAAGACUGCUAAAAAAGCAACGUCGAAAAGCGGUGAAGCCAGGACAAGUUCAGAGGAUGAGGAGAACACUAUUAUGGCCAGAGGGAAGAAGGGCAAAUCUACUAGGAAACCUCUGUCAAAGAGGGCCGAAGCACUGUCAAGCAGGAAGCAGAACACCUCCAUCAAAAAGACCAGUAGGAAGGCCCCCAAAGCAACAUUGGGUACCACUGUGCUAGUGGACAAUGCUUCACUUGUUGUCAUAUACCCCAGGCUUCCCAAGACCCCAGCGACGAGGAUACCCCGCCACAAGGAGAGGGUGUACAGCAUCUCAGCCAACGGCUCCCCUAUCUCAGAAGUCGGUAAUGAUAUCGUCAUCAAUGUCCCUGUGGGGAACGGAGCGAGCAUUCAGCUGCUGGCCAGUCAGAUGGACAGUGUGGACCUGGGACAGCUGGAUGAGACGGCCAUAAGGAGCAUUCGUCUGCUACAGAACCGUCUCACAACACUGUGUGGAACAUCCGAGUGACCUCUGCACCUUCAGUCCUAGCAUUUUUCUCCCCAAUUUCGAUCUUGUCUCAUCGCUGCAACUCCCCAACAGUCUCGGGAGAGGCGAAGGUCAAGUCGUUCUUCUUUCAAAACAUGACCCGCGCUUCUUAACACCUGUCCACUUAACCAGGAAGCCAGCUGCACCAAUGUGUCGGAGGAAACACUGUUCAACUAA